UGUUUCACCUGUGGAAUCUGACAAAUGCGACGAAUAGGCGGCACCGGACGAUAGUGCGUGGGUUUGAUUUUCAGAAAUGGAAGUUGACUCUCGACACCGGAUGAAGACUUCGUGGAAGCGUUUACCAGCAACACCGGAUGGCAACAGAUGACGACGUUAGGCUGAUACUGAUCAGGUCUGACGAGCUGAUGAUGGAGCAACCGGCCGUGAGCGAGACUAUCGAUGGGGGUACGUACGCGAAACACAAAAACCCCGAACGAAUGCUUCAGUCGGUCGAACGGCUUACGCAGGAGCUGGUGUCCCAGUUGGAAGAACGGCACGUGCGUACUAACCCGGAGGAAUGCAGUUCGAUCGUUACCGGCAUACAGUUCAAGAUAGGCGAAAAGGUAACAACGGGGCCGGGUGGAACGGUUGCCUUGGCGCUGAACGAUCGUCUGCACGGUGAUCCGCGGGUGGGAUUGAUUGUGGACGAUGAAGGCAAUCGGGAGAGCGAAGAACCACCAUCCAUUCUGUAUCAAAUGUCGAUGCCGUUUGUGCAGCACAUCCCGGUCGUGCUUAAUUCAAUCGAUUGCAUCUCGCUUGCGCCUUUAGAAGACCGGACGACGCCGGUGGUGACGACCACGAGAACCACGACAAUGACUACGGUGGUGACGGCAACGGCGACGGCAACGACGACGACGACGGUGGCGACGAGUCGGGUAAUCAAGCCUGUGCGCGUCGUAUCCAAUCCCGGCUCACCGAGGACGCGAAAGUUACAGCGUGAAUCUUCCAUCAACAAAGAGGCGGAUGAGUCCAAGGUUAAACCCAUAAAAAUCCAAGAUGUGAAAAGUGUGAAGAAAGAGCAACAGACCAAAAUCGCCAAACCGGUAGUGGAAACCGUUACGAAGGUUUCCCGCGUUCGGCAACCAGUAUUGCCAAAGGGUGGCGCCAUUAUUACCGGCAGAACACCGGCAAAAACCUUCCAUCGGCAGUCCCAUCCAUCGUCCGGUUGCGAAACCACUCGCCACAAAACCAGUCAAUUACAAGCUUUAGAGGAAACAAAGCGAUCGUAUGAGGAUGCAAGAGAAAAAUUGUUAUUUGAAGAUGAAGAAAUUGACGGGAUACUGAUGCAGAAUGAAAGAAAGGAGUUCUACAAAAAAUAUCAUAAAGUGAGAGGAUUCAUUAUGGAUUUGCAAAGAACCGAUGAAAGUGCGCAUCCGAUUGCGAAUAGUACAAUGGCAAACACAACGUCCGCGAGUGUGAAAAUGCAUUUACCGAAACUAGAACUGCCAACGUUCGAUGGAAAUAUUACCAAGUGGGUGACAUGCAAGGACCGUUUUGUGUCAUUAGUGCAUGAUUUACCAGAGCUACCUGAGGUGGCAAAACUUCAGUACCUGUUAGCGUCACUGAAGGGAGAAGCUGCACUGCAGUUCGAGCAUGUACCACUUGAGGAGAAAAGCUAUAUGCCAACGUGGGAGACCCUGCUGCAGAGAUACGACGACAACAAGAUACUGCGGAGAGAAUACUUCAAGGCACUGAUUCAGCUGGAACCAAUGAAUGCUGGAAAAUCGGCUGAAUUGACCAGGGUUGUGAAUGAGACAAGACGGCUAGUUCAAGGAAUGAAACGGCUAGACGAACCCAUACAACACUGGAACACGCCACUCACGAUACUGGUAACGUAUAAGCUUGAUAAGACCACAUUAAUGUCCUGGGAAAAUUUUGCAGUGGAAAACCUGACCGACUGCUACGAGCAUUGUUGGAGUUCUGCGAAAAACGGAUUCGUGUGUUGA